CCCAACCGGCCUUCAAUCAAUUUAUUGAUCUCUACAAGUUCAGGUUGAUACAUUCAGUACAAGAAAAGUCUUUUAACGAUGACAUCUGUUAGUGUUAAAUUGGUAUAUGUGACAACUUGCCUUAUUGUGAAGAUGGGUGCCGAUUUGAAGUUAUCCUCCGUGUGUAGUUUUAAUACACAGUGCCGGUGCUUUAAUGAUACAGGCACAUCGCAAUUACAUGUCGACUGUUCAAACGGUAAACUAGUGGAAAUUCCAGAAGUUCCACGAAGUGUUUACAUUUUGAACCUGCAACAUAACUGUAUUAAGGAAAUAGAGGACAACGUAUUUCACAGUUUAACGAAUCUAUCCUUAUUGGAUUUAUCAUAUAAUAAGAUUAAUCUUUUGAAAUAACACUCUUUUAAGGGAUUAGGAGAACUAAAAGUGUUAAACUUAAAUGACAACCCAAUAGCAUAUACAUGGUUUCCAAACGGUGUUUUUAUCCCGUUAGUCUCUCUAAGACAUCUUUGCAUUAAACGUACAGCUAUUAAAGGGUUUGGUAAAUGGAAGAACAUAUUCUCUGAUAAAACAAUGUCGGACUUGAAGACAUUGGAAACAUUGGAAAUAGAUGUGCAUGGACAAUCCGCCAAACAUAUUAUAUUUGGAAACGGAUAUAAAUACUUAAAACAUCUUAUUUCUCUCAAUUUCGGAAGAUGUUCUCCUCCAGUAUUGAUUGAUAAUAAAACCUUCCAGUUUGUUCCACGUUUGAUAGACAUUUCUUUUGACAAUCAGUGUGAUAUGUUUAUCAAAUCGGGUGGACACAAAAGUCUACAGAACAUAAGACAACUUUACGUGCACCGUUUAUCUAUCGAUUUUGAAAAAAAAAUUCUGGAGUUUAGUAGUUUCCCAUUCGAAUUAAAUCUGACGCCAAUAGAAACAUUAUCUUUUCAAAACGCUUUUUCGGGUAGUUUUGAUUAUAAUCCAUUGAAUCUAAUUAAUUUAUAUUUAAGAGACUCGUCUCUAAAGAAUCUGAGAAUGACUGAAAACAGACUCGGUGAAAGCUUGUAUCAAAUUUUUGCACCUCCUCAAAGUUUACAAGUAUUGAAUCUUUCCAGUAAUAAACUCGAAGAGUUUGCAUUAGAGUUAAUGAAUAUUCGAAAUCUUAGUUUACAAAAUAAUUUUCUAGGAAGAUUUUUAAGUACUCACAGUUAUAACAUGCCAAUGUCACGUAACAGGCUUGAGUUUAUAGAUUUGUCGAUGAAUGGUAUUGAUAACCUAACAUUUAUAUUAUUCCGUGGACAGCCAAAUUUAAAAUAUAUCAAUCUGAAUAAUAACAAAUUGCAAAAGGUUACUUUUGUUGUUUCUCGAUUAAAAAGUCUUCGUUAUUUGGAUUUAUCAGGCAACAAUUUUGAGACAUUAGAUGAGAAAACUAUGGCAAUGUUCGAAGGUCUAUCUAAAAAGACGUUUUUUACAGUAAAUUUACGAAAUAAUGCAUUACAAUGUACUUGCAUAACACUUACAUUUCUUAAGUGGAUUUCCAGAACGAAAGUUGAUUUGCUGUUGAAUGAUAAGUGUUCUUUGAAAAAUGGCACCAUUGUUAGUAUAAACCCGAUAGAUUCAAUAAUAAAACGACUACAGAAAGAGUGUAGUACAUAUACGUACUUAGCAAUUGCUCUGUCUAUUGUGUUGGUAUUUAUCUUGGCCUUUUUUAUUUUGGCCUUAGUUUAUAAAUACAGAUGGAAACUCCGAUACAUGUUUUAUCUUGCCAAAAGUAAACACUAUAGUUACAAGGCUUCCACAGACGACGGUGAAUACACGUACGAUGCUUUUAUCUCGUAUUGUGAUGAUGAUAGAGCAUUUGUAUUAAAAGAUUGCAUUGCAAAUUUAGAAAAUGAAGGGAAUGCUACAUUAUGCGUGCACCAACGAGACUUCCUACCAGGUCAAGAUAUAACAGUCAAUAUUACAAAUGCUAUCCAUGAAAGCAGGAAGACGGUCUGCAUAAUAACAAGAAAGUUUUUUGAGUCGCACUACUGUAUGUUUGAAUUUAAUAUGGCCCGAAUGGAAAACAUUCAUUCACGAGAUGGAAGAAAUAUCAUUUUCCUAGUAUUUCUUGAGCAAAUUCAACCAAAAGAAAUGCCACUUAUGAUGCUUGAACUUGUAGAGAAACAGUCUUACAUCGAAUAUCCAAAUGACGAAGAAGGAAAUAUUGUGUUCUGGGAUAAAAUUAAAGAAGCGAUUUGUUCAUGACAUUUGUUGCAGUACUGAAUUGUCCAAACAAUUUUUUUUCUAUUUUUUUCUACAUGAUGUUUUCACUAUAACAUGACGAAAUAACAAGCAAAAGUACUUUGUAUGAAAGGUAAAAAAAGGUGAAUAUAUAUGCUUAAUUGUAUAUUGUAACCAGGGCUAUAUCUAGACGAGCAGUGUGAUUAUCGUUCGGAACCAUUAGAUCGCAUGUUGUUAUGGUUAGGUAAUAUUUACACUUGAUUUCUAACAAAUAACUAGCUAUCAUUCAAUCA